AACGCCUGUGUCGUUUUCUAUCGUGUUGAUGCCACAUGCCACAUGUGUCGAAGUAAAAAGAUCCGGUAACUGUCAUUUCUCUUUUUCUUUUGUGUCCAACACUGGCAACACUGUAUCUUCCUUUUAUUUUCUUUGUUUCGUACACACACUCACAUACAUACAUACACACAAUUAGGAGAAGAAUCUGAAGACGAAAAAAUUCCGAAUGGCAACAUCAAAAGUUUUUUGUGUAGAUUUAUUUCGGUAGAACAAUUAUACAAAUCCGUCCAAGUUGUGAAAAAUUUAUGGAAAAAGGCACAAAUACUGGCAGAAAAAUGCAGGGACACUAAACGAAAGCACAAUGGAUAUUUUGUAGAUGUGCCGAAAAAAAUCUAUCACUACCAGCGUUUAGAGUUUAGAGGAUUUUUAAUAUUGGCCUGGUAUCUGAUCUGUGAAACGCACAUACACACUCACGCAAGCUUGUACUGGUGUGUCGUUGAACGGAAACAGCAGGAGUAGGAAGAGUGGGAUGGUGAUUAUGAUGACGGGCAAUCUACAUUUUGUUCUAUUAAAGAUAAAUGACACGGAUAUUUGUCAGUUGCAACAGGAGCAAAGAGACGUUGCUGCAUUGGGUCGAUUGCUCACUGAAAAUCCCGAGGAAAAUGUUGUGUUGCAACUAAAACGAAAAGCAGGCUACUGGGCUAGCAAGUCUGCGGCAGUCGGAGACAACGAAGAGACAGAGAUAAGCAAAAGAAUUUGCUAUCUGAAGAUACAGCAGAAUGUCGAUAGUGAUGAAACGUUGACAACAAAUGUUGAAGGAACGACGAAUAAUGAUGGUUCCUCACCGGCGCCGAAACCAAUGGAAAUUAUAAUGAAUCUAUAUUUUCCAAAUACAGUGUCUGAUAAGGGAUUUGUUCAAUCGAAGUCCACCCAAACCGAUGACAUGGCCUACUAUGUACACGAACAAUUACGUAACAUCCAAAAGGACACCGAGCGCCUCAUUGAGGAGGAGCACAAUUUGUUCGAACAAAGUUUGGCACCAGAAAUUGACAUUGAGGAAAUUACGUUGCGCAAGACGCACAGUCAUGAACGUUUGGGUCUGACGGUUUGCUACAGCAAUGGUGAAGAGUAUGGAGAAAGUGGUGUAGAUGGGGGCGCUGGAAGUGGUGGCAGUGGAAAUGAAGUAUAUGGAGGAUCUAGUGUUACUGAGGUCUAUAUAAGUGAUAUACACGCUGACAGUGUCGCUGGUCGAGAUGGACGUCUGCGGCAAGGAGAUCAGAUUCUACAGAUAAAUGGCAAGGACAUAACCACCAGGGAAGAAACGGAAACGUUGAUUGCCGAAAACAAUAAUGCUGUAACCCUGUUAGUGAGUCGUUAUUUGUAUGGCGAAGAUGAUUUUAACGAUCCGUCUACAAAUGAAGAUGACGAUGAGGUGUUGGUGGUAGAAGAUGAUGAAGAUGACGAUGAUGAGGAAUAUUAUGACGAGAACAAUAUGACAUACGUAAACUGCAUGACCAACAACGAUUGUUGCCUUAACAAUGUGGAUGAUUUCGAUAAGGCUUUGUUGUCUCAGGUGGAGCAACAGCAUCAAGAGCCGACCAAUGAAACCAUUGAGCCAGCUGCCAAUAAUAUGCCUAAAGAGAAAACCAAAAAUCCCAAGAAUGAUCGGAAAACCUCUAGUAUGUUAAGACAAAAUAGCAAUUCCACAAAUCUCACAGCCACUGCCACAAAUGUCAUUUCAAAUAUGGACACUGCCACCAAAUCCAUAUCGUCUUCGACUCGCAAUGCAGCAGAAAAUAAAACAAGUGAUUAUUAUGAGUCUGAACACAUCUACGAAACUAUUCCCGAAGAUCCCGAAUCGGAGCCGUUUUAUUGUUCGCCCUACGACAGCUCUGUGUAUGUCACUGCCAUAGCCUCAUGUUCCUCCUCAACCAUGACCGAUGCAUUGCAACACCAAAUGCAACAGCAUAAACAGCGAGUGGUCCAGUGGUUGGGUAUAAAUCCCUCCCAUGGCAUUUGCCAUACAGCAUUACCGCGUCAUGCGGGUCGUAACACAAGUGGAGGCGGCGGACGUAGCUUAAAGAGUCGCCAUAAAAUCAGCUCAGUGGGUACAAUGCGCAGCACAGUGACCUCACUCACUAAUGGAUCAUCGCUGGAUGGAGGUAUUGGUUCUGCAAUGACAUUGCCAGCUUCUCAAGUUGACGAUCAAGAUAAUUCGUCGAGUGCAUAUAAUACCGGCGGGUCCAAUAACAGUGUGUCCCCUCAUUCCGUAGUGUUAACGGGAAAACUUCGUGGCUCAGACGUGUACACUAACACACCAAGUGGGGUACCAUCUUUGGCGGCAACCACAUCAACAGAUGAUGUCAUGGUAAUGCAACAAAUAUUAAUGCAACAACAUAAGCUAGCCAAUCAAAAUAAGAUACUGUCGCCAAAAGACAAAAAUAAAAUAACGAGUCCAAAAAGUGCCAACAAGCUGCCUUUUGUUGAGCAGAGCAUUGGUAUUGGCGGAAAAUCCAGCGGUGGUAUUACAUAUAAUAACAAUGAUACGACUAACAUUCAACGAAGUUUAAUGGUACAGCAACAUUUAAUAAAGCAAUCACCUUUGAGCAUCGACAAGAUAGGUGCACCCCAACAGUUGUCAUACUAUCAACAUCAAGUGGCAACAAAUAACGAACAAAUGCAUUGCCCCCAGUUCACGGCACCCAAUUUGAGUCAAUACCACUUUGUUAGCAGUCAAGAGGUAAACAAUUUGUCUCUUAACAAUAAAAUACCAAAGUCUUCCCCCACAGUAGCUGAAACGGCAGCUAGUAGUAGUAAUGUAAAGAAGGAUGGCGAAGAAGAGGCCAUGGUGUGGAAGGUCAAACGACGACCAGACGGCACACGUUACAUAGUGCGGCGGCCGGCAAAAAGUCGUGUAAUCAAAGAACGUACUGUUCGGCUCAACGUGGAACGUUUGAGGGAUGACGUUACUACAACAGAAGAUGAUACAAUGUCCGAAAUAAAAACUGGACGAUAUUGGACACGAGAGGAACGCAAGAAGCACAUUGAGAAGGCCAAGGAACGUCGUCAGCAGCAACAGAUGCAGUAUCAGCAACAAUUGCAACAGCAGUUGAAUAAAACAGCAGAUACCACGUUACAAUUCAAUACGGCUCAAGCGGAGGCAGCAGCACAAAAGCAUAAAUCAUCCCUUAAUUAUUCAUCACAAGCUCCCAAUAAUUUGCAUGAUGAUAGUAGCACGUGUGGCGUAGGUGCUGUUGAACAAAGUGAUAAUGUGACCAAUAUGUCGGCAACAGUGACCGUUAAUCCAACACCUGGUAACCACAUGAUGACAGCCACAUCUAACGAGCGCAAUAAUCUUAAUAGCAAUAUGGUAUCCGUCACAACUGUAUAAAUAUCCAAAUUCCUAAAUAUUUGUAACGAUUUGUUUUUUGUUUUUAAUAAUCUAAAGAUAAUUUUUUGAGAAUUUUAAGGUGAUUUUAAGGAAUCUAGUAUGUGAGUUGAUAAAUUGUAAUGAUGGACUUUGUCCCCAAGAUGCAGAUUACAUUUCUUAGUUCUUUUAGAUUCUUCAUAGAAUGUAUAUCCCGUAUACAUUUUGGGGAAAAUCAACAAUAAAUGUAGUAUGGCAUGGUCAGUAUGUUUUCAAAUGAAAUAUGUAGGAAUCUGCAAUGUGAUUCUCAAAUACAGGGUGAGAUAAAAAUUGCAAGAAAGGCAAACGCCACAAUUUUUAAUUUUUUUAAUAUUUUUGAAUGAAAGCAAAAAAUGUCGGAAAUAGCAUAAGAAUAAGUUUAGAUUUGUUCGAAUUGGUCACCUUUGGCACGAAUUAUGGCCUUCAAACGGCCAAUGAAACACACGCGUCCCGAAUGUUGCUCUGCGAUAUUUUGGCCCAUUCCCGGCGAAACGCUUGCUUGAAGUGGUGACACUUUGGAAUUGUUUAGUGCCAACCUUGCUUUCCAAAAUACUCCACACACAAUAAUCCAACGGAUUGGUAUCCGGAGAUUUUGGUGGCCAUUGUGCACUGAAAAUGGAGCGAGGAACCUCAUUUUGUAACUAUUCUUGGCUGGCGCGUGCUGAGUGCGAUGGUGCUGAAUCCUGUUGGAUUGUCUGGGGAUUGUUCGGGGAAAACCAAAUUCGGCAGUUCACCACUUUCGGCCUAGCGAAGCAACUCUUUAGCUCUUUGGGUCUAUUUUCUUUCUGUUGCGGUGUAAGUUCUUGCCCUUUUUGGAAUUUCAAUGGCUUUACCCCGAGCUCAUUUUUCAAUAUUUGCCGAAUGGAAUAUUGCGAUAUUUUCAGCUCACGAGCCAUUUUUCGACCACUGCGACACGGGUUUCGAUGCUUUUGUACGCUUUUAAACAAUAUAAUGAGUUGCCACUGGAAUAAUUUUAACAGCUGUCGAACGAGUGGCUUAGAAAUGACAGCAGUCUGAAGUUGGUUGCAGUUUUUUCAUCUCACCCUGUAUAUUUAAAUCUGUAGUGAGAUUCUCUAACACUUUAUCCAAAUUAUUUGUUAAUAAAAUUGUGUCUAGACCAUUUGGUUCACGUCGGCAACUUACCGACAAAUUUUGUUUAUUGCAAUUGAAAAAUUGCUGUUAUUGGUAAUCGUCGCUAAUAUUGUCGAUCGGUACAAAAACUCAAACUAUUACUAAAUUUUAUUUUUUUUGUCUAGUCCUGUUUUUAAUAUUUUUUUUUGCAUCAUACCCAUAUUAUCUUUUAAGUUAAAUUCUAUUAGAAUCUAAAAUCUACUGUUCCAAAUCUAAGAUUCCUGAACUUAAAUCUUUUUUCCAUAACAACAUUUCAGGCUUCGGUUCUUCAGAGCAGAGAUGUUCCUUAAACACCUUUUCAUUCUCUUAAACUUAAUCAAAAUAAAAAUCUAGAGUUAACUCAAUUUACCUGCUUAAUCAACAGAAUAUAUACAAUAGACUUUCAAAACUAGCAAACACCUCCUACCCAAAUAUAUAAGCAAAAUAUUUGCUACAAGUAGACAAGCUCCUUGUAACCGGAUAAUGUGCCAAAUAAUGUGAACUUCAACACUUUGAACUAAAUUUGGUUUAUGUAUAUAGCUAAAAAAACAAUAUCUUCUAAUUAAAUUGCAUACAUAUUAAUACUAAGCACAGUGAAGAUGCAAUAACUGUAGUAAUGUCUAGUAGUUGGAUUUUUAUUAGCUUUUUCCCCAAAUAAAAUGAAACUUUAUGAAUCACCAAUCAAA